ACGUUUUAUCUUAAUCAUUUCUCACGUCAUCUUUAGACAUUACGCAACUGUUCUUGAUUCAAGAUUCAACUGAUAAAAUAUUCAAGGAUUAUCGACACAUGUAUAUAAUAAGCUUUUAUCUCCAGUACUAUAACUUGCCGUUUAUCACAAAAAGUCAAGCAACAUAUCAAAACAUGUUUCAUUAUUAGCUUCUGAUUUCAGUAGUUAUAAGUAUGAUAAAUUCAAUAUUAUAAUAAGUGUUAUAAGUUAUUUUUCAAGAUUCUAUGCUGAGCGCUUGUAUUUUUGUCUCACGACUACUUUUGACUCACAACAGAAACACAACUUAUAAAUACUAAUAAUCUACUACGAUAAGUAGUGAGUCAACAGUCAUUUCCGAGAGCACGUAGUGAGAAGCGAAUACGUAGUGAGAAAAAUUUACUUCGUUACAAAUUAACUGUGCAUAGUAACAAAAAGAACUGAAAAGAAACGAGAUUUAAAAUUGAACCUGAUUAUAACAGCCACAUUAUCACAAAAAUGUUUGUUACUAUAUUAUUAUUAUUAUUAUUAUUAUUACUUAUUCUUAUUGUGGCGUAUCAUUAUUAUGUGCAAUAUCGACGGUUAAUCAAUAAAAUACCAGGCUAUACAGGGAUCUCAUCUAUUAUGUGUAUAUUACUAAACCUAAUUUCACAAGAGGAGCUUUGGAAACUUUUCAAUAAUUAUACUGACAUGUUUUAUCCGGUUUGUAAAUUCAUAGAUUUCUUCUUUAUACUUAUUGUAUCUAUUCGUCAUCCCGAUGACUUACAGGUAAUAUUGAGCGGAACUAAACAUUUAGAAAAAAGUGCGUACUAUAAUAUAUUGCGUCCAUGGUUUGGUAUGAAUGUUCUUACCAAAAUAGGUUCUGCAUGGCAAUCACGGCGAAAAGUAUUAACUCCUGUAUUCCAUUUUAAUAUAUUACAGCAAUUUACUGAAAUUUUAAUCAAAGAGGGCAAAAGCAUGACAAAAUCUUUAAAGAAUACAGAAGGAAUUAUUACAAAAGAUUUAAUACCGUUUAUUAGCGAACAUACAUUGAAUGCAAUAUGUGAAACUGCCAUGGGGAUUUCUCUGCAAGAAAUGGGUUUAUUUCAGCAACAGUAUCUGAAAGCAAUUCAUCAAAUAAUUGAACUUUUAAAUUAUAGAUUAUUAAGACUGUGGCUGUUUAGCAAUUGGAUAUUCUCGUUAACGUCAAAAGGCAGAGAGCAAACAAAGAUCUUGAAGAUAUUUCACGGAUUUAUUGAGAAAAUUAUUGCAGAGAGAAAAGUUUACCAUAAACACCAUAAACAAUACUUCAGGAAUUUUAGCAAAGUGGCAAUUGAUGCAGAGACUAUUGAAAUGGAUAAAAAACCGCUCGCUAUGUUGGAUCUUUUAAUAUUGGCGUCUCAAGAGGGUCUUUUAACUGAUUCCGAUAUUAAAGAGGAAAUCAGUUAUUUUAUAAUUAAGGGUACUUUUACAGCAGUAGCUAUAUCCUAUACCUUAGCACUGCUGGCCGAACAUAAAAAUAUCCAGGUAUGUUAUAAACGUUAA